AUGCACCGCACUGCCUUGGCCAACUUUGGGAGAAACACCCCAAAGUCAUAUGGUUGCUUUGAGGCAAAGUACGUCGAGAUGACGCCUGUCAUUGUGGCCAAGUGCGCCGUUCAAGCGGUCACCCAACUGUUCAUAUCUAUCUAUCUAUCUAUCUAUCUAUCUAUCUAUCCCAGCCUGUCCAUAUCUAUCUCUCUCAGUCUUUUCAUAUCUAUCUAUCUAUCUAUCUAUCCCAGCCUGUCCAUAUCUAUCUCUCUCAGUCUGUUCAUAUCUAUCUAUCUAUCUAUCUAUCUAUCUAUCUAUCUAUCUAUCUAUCUAUCUCAGUCUGUUCAUAUCUAUCUAAAUAUCUCCAUCUGUUCAUAUCCAUCUAUCUUAACUGUUCAUAUCUAUCUAUCUAUCUAUCUAUCUAUCUAUCUAUCUAUCUAUCUAUCCCAGCCUGUCCAUAUCUAUCUCUCUCAGCCUGUUCAUAUCUAUCUAUCUAUCUAUCUAUCUAUCUAUCUAUCUAUCUAUCUAUCUAUCUCAGUCUGUUCAUAUCUAUCUAAAUAUCUCCAUCUGUUCAUAUCCAUCUAUCUUACCUGUCCAUAUCUAUAUCUCUUUCUGUUCAUAUCUAUCUAUCUAUCUAUCUAUCUCAGUCUUUGUAUCGUUGCUUCUUCAGAUGAUGAUUUGAUAAUGAUUCAUCCGGUCAGUUCUCUAACUGUCAUCAGGUUCUCUUUAUCUUAA